AUGCUGCGCAGCUGCACCGACCGCGAGCUGACGCACAGUCUCCUGGGAUGCCGGGAGCAUUUUGACCUCUACCUGCAAAAGGGCACCACAGCUGAGGGACUUGAAUGGGAUCCUGAGGACGAAAUAACUAUCAAGAACUUCAAGAAGUUGGCAACCAUAUCAUCGGACACGAAAUGGAGCGCGGAUACUUCGCAGUCCGAUGCUGUGACAAGUUGGCUCAUUCGUUUCAAACCCAUGGUCCACCAAAGUUGGAUUCGGCUGGCUGUGCGUGACGAGGGUGCCUGUCUUAUGUUGGAUCGGAUUCGAAUAUACUACCUGUCCUGUCCAGCCUGGCAGGUAUGCAACCUAAUUUUCUUGUGA